AUGGCUAUUGACGAAGAGUGCGCUGACGAAAGGACGCGACUGCUAAGUUCUAUCGCUCACGAACCCGAUACCACUUCUCUCGUUUCUUCGCAUAUUAGCAGGGAUGAGCAAGCGCUGGGCGAAACUGGUAUUGGAGAACGGUUGCCAUACAAUGACUAUACAACAAUUGACUGGCUUCACGACCUUGUCAAAGACUCCUUCCGCCAUCGUUCUAUCCACACCGGCAACGGGGUUCGUCAUAGACUAAGAUCAUCCUUCGAUUCCUGUGAGGGAUGGAUUGCUGUUGCCCUUAUUGGCACUUUGACGGCAUUUGUGGCUUACUUUGUUGAUAUAGCCGUCGCCACGGUCAGCGACUGGAAGAUUGGACAUUGCAGGACUAAUCCAUUCGCAAACAAGGAGACAUGCUGUGCUUCAAGAGCAGACCCUCUGUCGAUUGAAACUAGAGAAACCUGUCCGGACUGGCAAUAUUGGACCGACAACUACUGGUAUGGAUUUGGGAUAUACCUUGGUUUCGCUCUCGCGUUCGGGGUCAUUAGCGGUUCAGUUACGUUGACCACGAAGAGGGAUCUGCCUGCUACCGCACCAGGCUCAGGAGACAGGGGACCCAUCAAGAUGAACAGCCAGGUAAGGGACCAGGAGGACGCCGGGAAGUUACCGGCCGCGGGAAAAUCAAUAUACAUGGCUGCGGGCAGCGGCAUUCCGGAGAUCAAAACGAUCCUGUCAGGGUUCGUUAUUCCACACUUCUUGGAUCUCAACGUCCUGAUCGUCAAGGCAGUGGGCUCCGUCUUCGCCGUGGCUACUGGCAUGUGUUUGGGAAAGGAAGGCCCCUUUGUUCACAUUUCUACUUGCGUGGCAUACCUGGUUGGUGUCCGAUUUCCGAAAUACCGAGAAAAUGACCGAAAGCUUAGAGAGAUUCUUGCAGCUGGCUGUUCAAGCGGCUUGGCCGUUGCAUUCGGCGCCCCUAUCGGGGGUGUACUGUUCUCCUAUGAAGAAAUAUCCACUUACUUCCCUCGAAAGGUCCUCUGGCGAGCAUUCAUCUGCUCGUUGUUUGCAGCAAUGACCCUCAAAGCGCUUAAUCCUACAGGGACUGGAAAGCUGGUGCUUUUUGAGACAAACUAUGGCUCGACUUAUCAACCCUACCACUACGUCGUGUUUGUCAUCCUAGGCGUUGCUGGUGGCAUCUUCGGCGGUGUCUUCUGCAAAGCCAAUUUCUUCUGGUCACGUAGCUUUCGAAAAUACGACAUCAUCAAGAACUAUCCCGUGUUCGAGGUCUUCUUGGUAGUACUCGCGACGUGCUUACUGCAAUAUCCAAAUCCGCUUACUCGAGACCCUGGCGAUGUUAUCAUCAAGAACCUAUUGGUCGACUGUUCGGAUGAGUCAAAGACAGCUUAUAUCUGUCUCCAGGAGGAACGUGUUUCACCCACUCCCGAGUAUUUGGGCUGGCUGGUCUACGGCACACUUGUCAAGCUUGUCUUGAGUAUUGUCACCUUCGGCAUCAAAGUGCCCUCUGGGAUCAUCAUUCCUGCUCUCGAUGGCGGAGCGUUCUUUGGACGGUUGUUGGGUCAACUGCCUUUGCUCGCAGGGUCCAUUUCUCCAGGAAUUUUUGCCAUGGUUGGAGCGGGAGCAUUCCUGGCCGGAGUCAGUCGGAUGACCAUUUCGCUAGCCGUGAUCAUGUUCGAAUUGACCGGUGAACUCGAGUUCAUCGUGCCCAAUAUGAUUGGGAUCAUGGUGGCUAAGUGGGUCGCAGAUGCUCUGGAACACGAGGGGGUCUACGAUCUGGCACAGACGGUCUUAGGCCACCCAUUCCUCGACCUUGAAUACAGUAUGAGCCUGGUGCAGGAGGAUAAUCACCUUGUCGAGGAACUGAUACCUCCAUCUCAGACGAUGCGAGAGAUUACGGUGGAAGUGCCAGAGAAUGGCGUUGUCCCUCGGGUUUUAUUGGCCGAGAAGCUACAUCAACUCCAACGUCGAGGUCUCAUGGAUGCUGGACUAGUUCUCGUGCAGAAGAGUAUGCUUCAAGGCUACCUUGCGGAAAGCGAACUGCAGUUUGGGCUCGAGACGCUGGGUCGGAGCUUUCCAGAAAGAUGCCUGGUGCGUCUACUGUCUCCGACCACAGGGAUGUUAUCUUCUGAGCACGAGGGUGAGCUAGACAUGUCACAUUUCGUCGACCGCACCCCGCUGUCCAUAUGUGCUAAAGCGCCGAUGGAAUAUGCCGUCGAGAUGUUUGGCAAGCUUGGACUGAGGCAUCUCUGCGUGACGGAGGAUGGCACUGGAAAGCUGGUGGGCGUCAUCAUCAAGAAGAGACUGGUAGUUUGGCUGGAAGGAUUGAAACAUCGGCGAGGACAGUAG